UUAGUCAAUGGUUUGAAUGUUUUAUCACCCUUGUAAUGAAUGAAUUUCGUUGAGAACCUCUGUUAUGUAACAAAAAUACGUAACCAUGUGUUGUCGUAUUUAAGGGGGUGAAUGUUUCAAAUUUGAAGUUGCUGUAUCUCGUUACACGUAUCUUAUUUGUUAUCAAAGAACAGAGAACGAAUGAUAUUUAAAAAUUAUUACAUUGUUAUUAGAACGUCACUAAUGAAUAAUGAACUUCUACUUUUCUGACUUUACUUAACUAAUAAUAAUGUAACACGUGAAUAAUAAUAAUAAUUGAAAUCACGUCAUAGUAUGAAUUUCGCAAUAAAUUGACGUUGUGGUUAAUGAAUAAUAUAUUUAACAAAAAACCGUGAAACUUUGUACAACUGCAGAUUUCAGGUUAAUGAAAAUCAAAUCUAAUAAAAAAUAAAAUCAGUAGUAUGAAAGGAAAGGAUUUUUACAUUUUACAGUAUUGGUGUAUUCAUUAGAUGUAUUGCAAUACCUGUACAAUAAAACGUUAUUAAAAAAUGAAUCCUAUGUUAAAGAUAUUUCUAACUUAUUGUUGGACAAAUGUAUAUUUAAUCGUUGGAAUCAGUAUGGGUUUAAGUCUCAGUAUGAUGUUGAUACCAGUUGACAUAGAUAAUUCUAAUGGAAACACAGAUUAUUUAAUACAUUACUUACACUAUCAAGAUGACCUGGAUGAAUAUGAACCAAAGAUAAAUAUCAAUAGCAAACCUCUACAAGCGCAAAAAGUUUCCAAAGCAUUGGUGCGUCCGAGAUAUUAUUCGACAGAGCUUGGAAUCAGAGAGAAGCUAUUCAUAGGAGUGAUAACGAGUCAACAAUAUUUAUAUAGCAGAGACAUAGCAAUUAAUAAAACUGUUGCCCACGUUGCGGACAAAAUACGUUAUUUCAUUUCUAUACCCGAGGGGACAAAACCCAAUGUUACUCUGCCCGGUAUAGUUGGAUUUACAGAUACCAGAAGCAUUUUGAAGCCAUUUCAUACUAUGAAAUACAUAAUCGACAAUUAUCUAGAGAAUUAUGAUUACUAUUUCCUAAUCAAAGAUGUAAGCUACAUCAACGUUAAAAAAUUACUCAAAUUUGUUACAAAGAUUAGUGUAAGUCAAAACGUUCAUGUGGGUGUUCUUGGAGAUAUUCCAACUUAUUGUUCCUUGGAUUCGGGAAUACUUCUGAGCAAUUCGGUGAUACAAGAGUUGAAGAACAAUUUGGACUGGUGUGUAAGAAAUGCUUAUUCUGAUUCAGACGACGUCAACUUUGGACGAUGUAUUGUUCAUUCUACCUCGAUACUCUGUUCCAAUCACAUACAAGGACAGAAAUUUUGGUACACCAAAUUGAAGUCAACAUUUUCAUUUGAAAAGGAUUUAAAAGACCUAAUUCAAAACAAUGAAUUUCUAAAUUCACUUGUGAUAUAUCCGAUAUAUGAUCACUUUCUUGUCUACAAAUUAAACGCUUAUUUUGCGGCAUCAAAGGCUAUGGAAAUUCAAGAAAAGAUCUCUAACAUUCGAAAAUCAAUUUUAAAUAUGGCAAGCUUAGGUCCUCCGCAAGAACGUAACGUUUCAUGGCCUAUUGGCAAUCAACCGGGAAAUAAAGCUAUGAGUCGCUUCGAUAUUUUACGAUGGACGUAUUUUAACGAAACUCACAUAUUUUUAAAUACUGACUUUUCAACUGUACAAGAAUUAAAAACCGACGCUAAAUUUGACAUCGAGCGAACGAUUAAUGUUACAACUUCUAGUAUAAUUGCUGAUUAUCGGUAUACAUUAAAGUUUAACAAAUUAAUAAAUGGGUACCAAAGAUUCGACGCAUCUCGAGGAAUGGAUUAUAUACUAGAUCUGGAGUUCACUGAUAUUAGUACCGGUAAAAUAUUGAAGAAGAGGAUUGAAGUGUGUAAGCCACUCGGCAAAGUUGAGAUUCUGCCUGUUCCGUACGUAACAGAAAACACGAGAGUAAAUAUAAUACUGACGGUGAAUUCAUUAAAUAAGCAAGAUGCAUUGAACUUUUUAGAGCAAUAUGCUAUAGACUGUAUGGAGAAAAAAUAUAAAACCUUCCUUAUGAUGGUUCUCUUGUAUGAUUUUAACUCUGCAUCUAAAGGAAAAGCAGACAUAUACUCUGAGAUUAAACAAUAUGCGCUGUUGUUGGCUGAGAAGUAUAAGAAACAACAGUCGAAAAUCACCUGGCUUUCUAUUCGGUUGCCAAAUAUUGUAACGUCUGUUGAAACAAAUCGGUUAUUGAAUAUUGCUGUUACAGACUUGUGCGUAAGAAAAUUUGCACCUGAAAGUUUAAUACUUUUCGUCGAGACUGGUAUACAAUUACGGUUGGAUUAUUUGAAUAGAAUCCGAAUGAAUACCAUCAGUCAAUAUCAAAUAUUCAGUCCAAUUCCUUUCAUGGAAUACCAUCCUGAUAUAGCUCACAUAAACGAUAUAAAACAAAUUGACACGGAUAUCAAUCGAAAUCAUGGGAGAUUUGAUGAGUAUAAUUUUAAUAAUAUUGCCUUUUAUGUCAAAGACUAUAACACUAUGAGAAAAACCAUUGAGGCUAGCAUUCCAAUAAUACACUCUGAUCGAGAUAUUUCAUCAGUGUUGAAAUUUUCACAGAGUAUUCCUGUUACUUCUUUGUUCGAGAUGUUUGUUUCAUUCAGCAAUUUACAUAUUUUACGCGCAAUAGAACCAGCUCUCAAAGUAAGGUAUAAAAAUGUCGACUAUGUUGAUAUUAUUGAUAAUAACAACUUUUGCACACGGUCGAAGAAUUUUCAUUUAGGUCGACGUAGUCAACUUGCUAGAUUGAUACUGGACUAUCAAACUUAUAAAAAUGGCUUGUUAAGAUGAAUUGUACAGCAAAUAUUAAUAAGUAAGGCACAAAUAUAUAGUUUAUGCAGGAAUAUAAAUAAAGUUAUAAAAGUGUGAUGAAAAAGUUGAUGUUAAAAUGUUAUACAUAUCUAUAUAAAAAGAUUCAUAUUAUAAUAUUUUAUUAAAUUUAUACAUUUCACAUUAAAUAAAUAUUUUGUAAGUAAUGCAGUUAUUCAAUUCUUUUCGUAACAAAUUAAUUCUUUUCGUAAUAAUAUAUAUAAUUUUAUAUCCAUAAAAAGAUUACAGAAGAAAACAAUCGAUAUGCUAUGUAUUGGAUACGACAUUUGGAUAUUUACAUUUAAAAAAAAAACAAUCAAAUUGAUAAAUUAUAAACUCCAGUGAAAAGUAUUUGCCAGUUUUCUAAAAAUUACAUAAAACAUUUUGGCAAGAUUUCUAAGAUGUAUAAGAAAGUAAAGAUCAUAUAAUUACACUAAAUAUUAGUCAGUAGUAGUAAUUGUACAAUCCCUAAUACCUUAUAAAUAAAUGUACAUACGCUACAUCACCAUUUCAUUUUUUCCAUAUGUUUACUGCACAAAAAGCGAAAAGUUUUCGUACGUACCGUAACUGACUGCAAUACAUAUAUAAUAAUAGAAAAUAUUUGCUAUACAUAUUUUUUUUAUGUGUAAUAUGGAAUACAAUUGAAUUGUUCUAUUUCUUCAAUAUACAGUAAUAGGAAAUAAAAUGUUGGAAAAAUAGAGAAUUUCUUGGCA